UAUAUAUAUACAAUUGAAAUAUCUCACCAAAUGGGCUCUCAAGUGUUGCUAUUGUUAGCAUUGUUCGCCAUUGUUUCUUCCAUUGCCUUGGCAUCUGACCCUAGUUCUCUUCAGGAUUUCUGCGUUGCGGACUCUAACUCUCCAGUUCCAGUGAAUGGGUUUGCAUGCAAGGAUCCAAAGGUGGUCCAGGCCCAAGACUUCUUCUUCAGUGGGCUUCAGAAACCAGGAAACACAUCAAACGCAGUUGGUUCUAGAGUGACUCCAGUUGGUGUAACCCAAAUUCCAGGCCUCAACACACUUGGAAUUUCCCUAGCUCGAAUUGACUAUGCCCCAAUGGGAAUUAACCCACCACACACACAUCCUAGAGGUAGUGAGAUUUUGACUGUAAUAGAAGGCAGCCUAGAAGUGGGCUUUGUCACAUCUAACCCGGACAACCGUCUCAUUACAAAAAUUCUUCAAAAGGGUGAUGUGUUUGUGUUCCCAGUUGGGCUCAUUCAUUUCCAGAGAAACGUUGCUUAUGGCAAUACAAUAGCCAUUGCAGCUCUGAGUAGCCAAAAUGCUGGGGUUAUUACCAUUGCCAAUGCAGUGUUUGGAUCCAAGCCUGACAUCCCGGCUGAUAUUCUUGCCAAGGCUUUCCAACUGGACAAGAGCGUGGUUUUAAAUCUUCAAUCUAAGUUUUAAAUGGAACA